AUGAGUUCUUUGCUUCCCUUUGCUUCAGCCCAAACCCCACAAAGCCCCUCGAAGCCACGAGGCCCUCGCCUCCCGGCUUUUCCACCUCCCGCAGCAGCAGCAGCACUCCCAGAUCCCCCAACUGCAGCAGCAGCAGCAGCAGCAGCAGCAGCAGGAGCACCUGCAGCUUUAGCAGCACCUGCAGCUACAGCAGCAGCAGCUUUAGCAGCACCUGCACCUACAGCAGCACCACCUGUAGCAGCACGUGCAUCCACAGCUACAGCAGCACAUACAGCGGCUGCUGCAGCAGCAGCUGCAGCAGCACGUACAGCUGCUGCAGCAGCAGCAGCUGCAGCAGCACGCACAGCAGCAGCAGCAGCAGCAGCAGCAGCAGUUGUUGGUGCGCGCAGGGCGGGUUUGGCGGAGCUGUACACGGAAAACUCGCUGCUCACUUAUGAAGGAACUCAGUUCCGAGGAGCAGCAGCAAUUGUGCAGAAGCUGCAGCAGCUUCCUGCUGCUGUCAGCCACCAGCUGGUCACCUGCGACUGCCAGCCCACGCCCCACGGCGGAGUCCUCAUCAUAGUUUGCGGCGAUCUGGCCAUAGAAGACAACCCCCCAAUGAAGUUCACUCAGACUUUCAAUUUGGUGCCCAACGGCAGCGGCACUUACGCGGUUUUCAACGACUGUUUCCGCCUCUGCAUUGGCUGA